ACCAUCCUGGGCAAGGAGACGUUUGACUGUAGGUUCACCAUGACAACUCUGACACUGACAAGUCAGGAGGACAGUGCUAUGGUUCUGGGUCGCAGAGUGUCGGUGGUGGACACUCCUGGUCUCUUCAGUUCCCAGCUGUCUGAAGGUCAAGUGAAGGCUGAACUGGAGCGGGCCGUGGAGCUGAGCUCUCCAGGUCCUCACGUCUUCCUCCUCUGUGUCCAGCUGGGGAGGUUCACUGAGCAGGAGCGGAAGGGUCUGCAGAUGCUGGAGAAGAUUCUGUGUCCUGGUGUCUGUAAACACACCAUGAUCCUGUUUACCUAUGGAGACAGGCUGGAAGGCAUGGACAUUGAUGAGUUUGUCCAAGGAGACCAGAACCUGCUGAAGGUUCUUCAGAGGUGCAGCGGCCAGUACCAGGUGUUCAACAACAGGGAGGUGGAGAACAAGGAUCAGGUAGAAGAGCUGCUGAAGAAAGUAGAGCAAGUCUCCCAGGGGGGGCGCUAUUUCUACACAAAG